AUGGAAUUCACCGAGUGCAAAACGGUACUAUUCCAUUUGCCCGAAAAAAGCAUAUUUUAUGAAUUGUUUAUUGACGUCUACAAUUUCUAUCAUCCGAUUCACGCAUAUUUAUCUAUAAUACUAUGUGUUCUCGGAACUAUUGCCAAUUUCUGCAAUAUCGUCAUAUUAACAAGACGGACAAUGCGAACUCCGGUGAACAUGAUUUUGACUGCAAUGGCGUCAUGCGAUACGGUCGUUUUGUUCUCGAAUCUCAUCUAUACAACGCAUUAUUCAUUCGUCGCAUUCAAGUACUGCGCACCGAAGCAUUGGUCAUACUCGUGGGCGUUAUUUUUGAUUGCUCACGCUCAUUUAUCGCUCGUUGCGCAUUCAUCAAGUGUUUGGUUGUCAGUAAUGCUUGCACUCAUCCGGUAUAUGACGUUACGAAGUAGAGGAAACAUGGGCGGUAUGCAGGUUUCUCUGAAGCAUUCAUACUAUGCCGUUGCCAUUACUGUUUCGUUCGUAGCAAUUUUGAAUGCUCCAAAUUUCUUAAACUACAAAAUUCACGAAUCACCACUUAACGAGACUUGUACCGAUUUGUCUCCAAUUCACUACAACGCGCACGCCUAUCUGCCGGGUAUCUCGGAUGUUGCCAAAGCUAGACACUGCCUCGUUUUUCGACUCUCUUACUGGAUUUCCGGUCUGGUGUUCAAAAUGCUGCCGUGUGCAUUGCUCAGCCUAUUCGUUUGGCUUCUUCUCAGAAUACUACGAGAAGUACGCGAGAAUCGACAGCGAUUAUUGAAGAGUUCGAGUCGACCUUGCGCGAAUAAUAACUCAACAAGGAAUGGUCAACGUUUGAGCAUUUCGGGAGCCAAUGAAAAACUGGGAAGGAAUGGAAGUCUCAAGACGCGUGGAGAAAAAGUGGAUCGAACAACGCACAUGCUUCUAGCAAUUGUUGCAGUCAUGCUAAUGACAGAACUACCGCAAGGAAUUAUGGCAGUUCUAUCAGGCAUGCUCUCCGAAGAAUUUCGUAUUUAUGUGUACAACAACCUCGGAGAUAUUCUCGAUCUCUUCUCAUUGUGUGGAUCAUGCUGCUCAUUCAUUAUCUACUGUUCAAUGAGUGGACAAUUCCGAAAUGAAUUCCAUCGUGUCUUCAUUCCGACGACAAUGAAGUGCGCGAGAAUGCACAGCUUAAUUCGACGGCCUUCGGAUGCCUACAGUACCACCAAGAUGACGUUCAUGAAAACUGCAAAUGACAAGGUAAAUGAUAAUGGGUUCAAUGUUUACAACGAUGAUAGAACUACUAGUGUUAAGAUGCUCGGUGCUCAGGUGCGAAGGAAUAGCAAUGAAAUCACUAAAAUGACAGGGUGUGAUUCCCUUACACCAUGCACACCAAUUCCCUCGUCAUUUCCAACAACACCCUUACCAUCGAAUCGCCAGGAUGACAUUAGUGAUGAGACAUCUCAUUUACUCAAUGGAUCAACAAACGAGAUCAAGAGUCAUUUUCAGAAUAUUUGA